AUGACCCCAAAAGCCAAGAAGGAAGCUCCUGCCCCUCCCAAAGCCGAAGCCGAAGCCAAAGCCAAGGCCCUGAAGGCCAAGAAGGCAGUGCUGAAAGGUGUCCACAGCCACAAGAAGAAGAUCCAUACAUCCCCCACCUUCCGGAGGCCCAAGAUGCAGUGCCUGCGCCAGCAUCCCAAAUACCCCUGGAAGGGUGUCCCCAGGAGGAGUAAGCUUGACCACUAUGCUGUCAUGAAGCUCCUCCUGAUCACAGAGUCUGCUGUGAAGAAGAUGGAAGACAACAAAACACUGGUGUUCAUUAUGGAUGUCAAGGCCAACAAGCACCAGAUCAAACAAGCCAUGAAGAAGCUCUAUGACAUUGGUGUGGCGAUAGUCAAUACCCUGAUUAGGCCCGAUGGAGAAAAGAAGGCAUACGUGUGGUUGGCUCCUGAUUAUAAUGCUCUGGAUGUUGCCAACAAAAUUGGGAUCAUCUAAACUGCAUCCAGCUCUCUAAUUCUAAUAUAUGUUUUUCAUCAUA